AUGCAAAUCUUCGUCAAGACCCUCACCGGCAAGACCAUCACCCUCGAGGUGGAGUCUUCCGACACCAUCGACAAUGUGAAGUCCAAGAUCCAGGACAAGGAGGGCAUUCCUCCUGACCAGCAGCGCUUGAUCUUCGCCGGCAAGCAGCUCGAAGAUGGCCGGACUCUGUCCGACUACAACAUCCAGAAGGAGUCCACCCUUCACUUGGUUCUCCGCCUUCGUGGUGGUAUGCAGAUUUUCGUCAAAACCCUGACCGGCAAGACCAUCACUCUUGAGGUCGAGUCAUCCGAUACCAUCGACAACGUCAAGUCCAAGAUCCAGGACAAGGAGGGUAUCCCUCCUGACCAGCAGCGUCUCAUCUUCGCUGGUAAGCAGCUCGAGGACGGCCGGACUCUGUCCGACUACAACAUCCAGAAGGAGUCUACUCUCCACUUGGUCCUUCGUCUGCGUGGUGGUAUGCAGAUCUUCGUCAAGACUUUAACCGGCAAGACAAUCACACUGGAGGUGGAGUCAUCUGAUACCAUCGACAAUGUCAAAUCAAAGAUCCAGGACAAGGAGGGUAUUCCCCCUGACCAGCAGCGUCUUAUCUUUGCUGGUAAGCAGCUGGAAGACGGUCGUACCCUGAGCGACUACAACAUCCAGAAGGAGAGCACCCUUCACUUGGUUCUCCGUCUGCGUGGUGGCCAGUAA